AGUCAGAUGCCACUGCCAAGUCAUGAAUUUUAGGAGAGUCUUUCUUGGGCUUUGCUGAAAUUUAGGAUAGAAAACAGAAAGAGAGAGUUUGGGAAUAUCUUUUACUGGGUUUUGCUUAGAGAGAGAGAGAGAGAGAGAGAGAGAGGAAACCCUAAUUAGGUUUUUGCUCGAAUUGGGAUUUGAGAGAGAGAGCGACAGUGAAAACUCUAUUUGGGUUUUGCUCAAAUUGGGAUUUCUGAUGUUGUGGAAAGCUCUUUGAUGUGUUCUGCCCAUGUAAUUUGAGAGAAUUUUGUUGGGUUUUGCUUUAGAUACUUGAAUUUUCAGAGAGAGAGAGAGAGAGGUAAUAUAUGGUGUUUGAGAUGGAAGCCAGCAAUCCCGUAGCUCCAUUUGUACUGAAGACAUAUCAGAUGGUGAGCGAUACGUCUUCGGACAGCCUCAUCGCCUGGGGCCGACACAACAACAGUUUCAUCGUCUUCGACCCUAUGGAUUUCUCCCAGAAGCUCCUCCCCACCUACUUCAAGCACAAUAAUUUCUCCAGCUUUGUUCGUCAGCUCAACACAUAUGGCUUUCGGAAAGUCGAUCCCGACCGUUGGGAAUUCGCCCACGAAUUCUUCCUUCGUGGGCAACAACAGCUCUUGAAGAACAUCGUCCGCCGCAAGAACCAUCGGAAUUCUACUCCUUUGAUCUUCCCCAAACAAGAAGAGGACAAAGAAAUGGAGAAAGCGAUAAUGACAGAACUCACUCGAUUGAAGCAUGAGCAGAAGUCCUUGGAAGAAGAACUUCAAGGCAUGAGCCGACGGCUGCAGGCAACAGAGAAGAAGCCACAGCAGAUGAUGGCUUUCUUGUUGAAACUAGCAGAAGACCCCGACCUUCUCUCUACAUUAUUACUAAAGAAAGAUCCAGAAAAACGAUUAGGAGAGAAGAAGAGGAGAUUAUUGAUACAUCCAUCAUCUCCUCCUAAAAAAAUAACGUUCACAUCGACAACCCAAAAUCCUGAUAAUGAUUUGGUGGCGGUCGUUCCAACGGUCGAUAUGUGUUCGAGUCUAAGGUCCACCAGGCCAUUUACCGCUACUAGUAUUAGUACUGAUACUAACACUAAUACUAGCUUUGAUGCUACUAUUAGUAAUGCAGCUAAUAUCAGUGCUGCUGCACAAUUCAACUCAAUUCCGGAGUAUAUCGGUGACAAGGUAAUGUUUUUCUCGGAGUUUGGAGGAGAGUACUAUUCGAAUUCGCCGCCUUACAGAUUCUGGGAUGGCUACUAGCUUCACAUGCUUUGUGCAUGAUUAGGCUACUUUGUGUAAUUUUCUUUUAAUCUUAUUGUAAAUUCAGAAGAAAUGAAAGACAUUAUAUUAACCUUU